GGGCCACGCAUGUGUUUCAUAGGUAGAGUCACAGGGAAAUGCAGCAAAAAGGCGCCUUUAAUAUUAGACGCCGCCGGGGGUGACUGACAAACGCUGCGAUUUUCGCUCGCGGACAGUUAGCAUAGCCUAGCCUAGCAUAGCCAUUGCCCUUUUAAGGGGCGCCGCGCGGCUAAGGCGCUGCAGAGCACGAGUCAGCCCGCCAUUAACCACCGGCAGCGGAGAGGGGUGACGCGGCUGCGCGUCGUCAUAAAAACCGACUUUAGUAUACAUUAUUUUCUUGAUAAACGGUUUUUUUCUUUACUACGGGGGAAAGAUGAAGAGCCAUCGCCCGUCGAUAGACGCGGUAGAACGAACCGUCGGCGGUUCGUUUGGCCGAGCGGUGGAGGAAACGCUCGGAGCGGAAAUCAGUGAGACAAAGAUGGAGAGUUUCCUUUCUCCAGCGCUUCAAAGACGGCGGGGGGACAACAUGGCGCCGAGCGAGGCACGGCGCGCGAGCCCUCCACGCGCGGCCACGAGAACCGCUCAUUCUGCUCCGGAAUUUUUUCUAAAUCAAGCUUAAAAUGUCCCGAACGUUGAGAAAAGUUUACAUUUCGAUGCGCAUGUCGGUAUUUUAUUGCAUGUCCGAGGGCUAUCGGAGGUGACUGGGUACAGUCGGUCCACACAGCCGAACGGGCUCGCCCGCGAGCUAGUGGAGGGAAAAAUAAUAAAAUAAAAAGCAUAUAACUAAUGUUGGAUAUACUCAGUGUUUGUGAUGGAGUUGUGGGGCGAUAAACACGACAUUUUUCGUGCGUCGUAGAAGAUACGCAGCUGAAAGGGGCUCUUCGCCGAAUAUGGCGGGAAGCCGAAAAAGUGGCUGCCUCAGCCGGUGGGACGAGGCUGCUGCGGCCGUCGGCAAACACCAAAGACACCGGCAACACAGCGUGGCGCUUUAAAAAAAUAAUAAAACACGGAGGGGGAUGGCCCAUCCGGAUCACAAACGUGCACAUUAGUUUUAAUACAAUCGGUGCGACAUGUAAACACGGAUUAAAUGGAGAAGCAGCCUCAUCCGCCACUCUGCAUGUAAAGUUAACCCAACUAACUGCUAAAGGCAGACUAGGCGGCUUCGGGGGGUUAAAAGAAGGGGCGAAUUAACGUAAUAUAAGACACAGACUGAGGGACAGAGACCUGCUGAAAAAAAGGAAGGCAGAUGCUGAAGAAAAAGCAACUUACCAGUGGGUUCAUGGGUAAAGUUUAAAGUCAUUCGAUCUACCGCAAUUCUGAUACGCGGGCUGCUACUGCCAGCGUCUCUGAGCCAUCUGAAGACAAAUAGUUCAAGUAUAGCGUGUGAAAAAUAAACCAAGACAGGCUUUAAUUGAGGACAUGACCCGGGUGCAAAGCAAGCGGCCGAGAGUUGCACGCAACAAGAGUGGCCAGGGCAAAAUAGGCCGGCCGCGAAAGGCUGACCCCAAGGCCGAACCCGAGCCAGUCCAGGCGGAUGUUCCCCCAGAGCACACGAGUGUGGAAGAACUGCCCCCUCCGCAGGCAGCCAGUCUACCAGAACCAACCAUCCAGGAGCCUCCCCCACCUCUCAUAUUCUCCCCAAUACCCCUUUCGUUUGCCCCAGUUCUCAUUCAGCCUGAGGUAGAGAUAGUUCCUGUCCUUUCUGAAGUGGAAAAGCUAGAUGCAGAGCCCAAAACCGGCCAGCUGGUAGAGGAGGUGCUGAUAGAGGACCUGGGGCCUGAUGAACAGGAGGACAUACCCCAGCCUAAGGAACUCCUGCUCCCUGAUCUGGGCACAAAUCAAGAGCUGUCGGACUACAAGGCAGACAACAACCAGGCGUCUCCCACAACAAAGUUUAUCCUUCCUACCCUGGAGGAGAACCUCCCAAGCAGUGUCUCCUGAGGAACCAUAGGUCUCGUCAGACUUUCUCAGCAACAACGUGGCCAAGGGAAAUGCCUUUGAUUAAGAGAGCUUUGUAUUCAGAGUAUAUACAUUAUCAUAAAAAGAUUUUAAUAAUUUAGUUUCACAAUAAAUGUUACAAUUUUAAAAAAGAAGUUUAUAUUUAUUUUUGGGUAAAAUUGUUUUUAAAGCAUAACAUCUGUAAAAACAUGCUGUCGUUUUAGUAAAAAAAUAAAAUAAAAUGCACGUAUUAAUGUUUCACCGCAUUUAAAAAAAUACCCAUUGUAUCAGUUUUGUACAAGAAGGAAUGGUUUAUUAAAUAAAGAAAAAUUCUAACAAAAUAUCCAAUGGUUAAUAUUACCGAGACUGCAGAAAAUCCUUUAUUUGCUCAUCACUUCCCUCUACUGUCCAUUUAACACACUACGACAUUUUAUCAUUUGCUUUUUAAAAGACGUUAUUAAACUUUUUAAAUUAACAUAUCAUUACAAUGGUCACUCAUAAUUCAAAAGCAUAUAGUUUUACACGUUAAAUAUUCACAGCAAAGAAAGGGUCAUUUUUUAUACGUUUCCGGUGUAUAAGGGCAAAGUACUAGUUGUGCAACGUAUCUGUACUACAUGUUGAACGUUACAAAACAACCUAACGACUAAAAUACACACUAUGUACCGACAGAUUUAGAACAAAGUAUUACUUGGGCACAUUUUAAACUGCGAUUUUUAAAUUCAGAUUAAAUUCGCAAACUAUCUUUUAUAUACGUUCAGGCACGUGGGGCGUGCACAUCCGGGGUUUCAAAGUCCGGUUUCAAACAGCCAAUGGUGUCUCAGGUCGUUCACGAGUUUUAAUGUUACGUAUUAAUUCCGCGACAGAUAUUCUUUCUAAUAGUACAACGGCGUGUUUAGUGAGUUUUCUCCACGGUGGCAAGGUUGAAUAUAUGGGAUUGUGGUUUAUUGUACACGCUCAAGGCAUAAUUAAAUAAUUUUGUAAUAUUAAUAUUGCCAGAAAAGCUUUGUUUACCAGGCAGCUCAAGGCAAAAUGACUAGUCCGUGCAGCUGUAAGUGUAACCAACGUACGAUAAAACUCAAUCAGCAAAUCUCGGUGAUGAGGAAGGAAAUAAGAAACCUGAGGCAAAGGAUGGAUACUGCUAUUCUCGUUCACAAGAAACAUUUAACCGCUCUGGAAUCGGCUUUGGCCGCGUACAACCAGAAGGGGGCGAAAAUGAUUAUGAAAAACCCCGCAAGGCAGGAUGAGGUCAAAGGACUUUCCCUAGAGCAAGGAAACAUCCAGACUGUUCCGAUUGGCUUCCUCCAGUCCUGCUUCUUGGCCAAAAACGGCACCCCGCGACAGCCGACGGUGUGCGGCCCAUCUCGAGCGACCCUGCAGAUACGGCGGGCUGUGUUCAGCAACCCUGAGCAUGCGCUGACCGGCCUGGAGCAGUACUCACAUGUGUGGAUCAUCUUCCUUUUCCAUAAAAACGGACACCUGAGCCAUAAGGCCAAGGUGAAGCCCCCCAGGAUGGACGGCCAGAGGGUGGGGCUGUACUCCUCCCGCAGUCCUCAUAGGCCCAACGCGCUGGGGCUCACUCUUGCCAAGCUGGACAAGGUCGCAGGUGAUACUCUUCAUCUGUCUGGGAUUGACAUGAUUGACGGCACUCCUGUUCUGGACAUCAAGCCCUAUAUCCCAGAUUAUGACUGUCUGCUGAGCAGAGGAGAUUGGCAUACAGGAGAGUGUGGUACUAAUGACCGGUCAGGAGAGACUGUACCAUCUUCUGAUGAGCAGAGAGACGCCGCCAUCAAGCAGGCUAAGGACAACUGUGGAGAUACGGAGCAGCAGCUGCGGAUUGACUCUGACCUAAACGCAGCCCCCUCAGAUGAUGAUUCCUGGGUUGGGAAAGGUGAUGAUCAAAAUCUCCAGAGACCAUCUGUUGAUGGUUGCUUUGCAGAGGGGGUGGACCUGACGUCGGUGCUGCAGGUGGUCAAGAGCUAUGUCAGUCAGAAAGACUCCAUCCAGGAUUCUGUGGAAGACGGUGACCUGGCACCAGGCUGCCAAAAAGCUGAGCCCUGUGAGGAUGAGAAGCGUCAGCACAGUGCCCAGGUGUGCUUCAGCGAGGACUCCUAUAGCACCAUAGCUUCCUGGAUCAGGGAACCCCCAGUGAACAGUCUGGUGGUUCGCUUUACACCGUACGCUGAGGCAGACCUGCGGGCAUUUCAACCCCCCGGCCAAUCAGUUCAUGGGAAACCCAGUUUCCGGUUCCUUUCCGGUCCGGAGGAGGCGAUGGCCGCUAUCCGGGGGGUUCUCUCUGGCGACCCACGCUCCGUGUACCGUCGUACCAGCUGCCAAGACAAGCUCUUCUACUUUACCCUGGACACGGCCCACAUCACCUGCUGGUUUGGCCCGGAUUUCGCUGAGGUGCUCAGGGUCCAGCCAACAGAACCAGCUUAAAACCCUGAUAUGGCUCUGGGCUGCAUGUACUUAAUUUAAGCGUAGAGGGUUUUGUAAGUUCAUUAUUUAAAAUAAAUAUCUUCACAAAUAUACAAAUUGUGGUAAAUUACAAGUUGUGACAAAUUGUCUAAUACUGAUUUGCGUUGCUAAAACUGACUUGGCUAUAUGAGUUUUUACUUGUGGCUCAAAUACUAUAGAAAAUAUUAUGUUUAAAAAUGGUAGAACAUGAAAGAAUAUAAAUUAUAUGUUGUCGCAAAAAAUAAGUCCCAUUUAUAUGUGCUUAUUUCAUCUAGAUAUGGGGGGGGGUGGGCUCUGAGGUUUUAGUUUGACCCGUCAUUAAAUAUUUGAACAUUUGUGGUUGCUCUGUUGGAGUGCCUGUUGAUGCCUGGUUUUAAAUAACAGAAUAAGAUCAGUAUCAGUAUGCUCCCAUGUUGGGUUUCCUGAAUAAUGUUAUAAAAGGUCAUGGUGUUUAAA